CUUGUGCAACCGGCACGCAGUGAGGUUGGUAACACUGCAAACUGAACAGCAUACGAUCGCGGCGCGCGCUUGGCACGUAACCACCUUCGUCAUUGUUCAGCGAGGCUCCGAGGAGAUACUUGGAAUAUUUUGGAAACUUAAAACGGGAAAUUCAAAGUCGAAGCAAUGUCAAUGGAAGGCAAAUAUGUCCGUCGUUACAGAGAGAGUGAUGAAGAAGUCGAGACAGAAGAUAACGAGGAGCUCCCGAGCGUUGGAAGGUAUGUUCGUGCCCCUGAGUUCGUCGUUGAAGAGAACAGCAAGAAAUCACCAGAUCAGUAUGUCCAAAAUGAAACUACAAGCAAUCUUUUCAAAGAGAAUGAGAUGCUCAAGCGACAACUUGCAGAAUUGACUAAGUCGGUUGCAGUAAUAACUGCGAGAAACAGUCAAGCACCAGACACUGAAGCUAACGAAGCCGAGGAAAGUUGGACUACAGCACGUUUCCUCCCGUCGCCGCACUCCUAUGAGAAUACUACUAGCAUCCGUUGGGACCAGAUGAAAUCCUUCCCGAAGAGCAUUCCGGCGAAUAAGAUGUGGGAAGAGUGGACGAAGUAUAUUGAAAACUUCGAAAUCGCUGCCUCUUUGUCAAAUGCUACAGACCCUGUUCGGCGAUCCCAGCUACUGUUCUUAUCGAUGGGUGAAGAGUUGCAAGGCAUUGUACGUGCUGCUAAAUUGAGACCUAAUCUAAACGACCGAAACUGCUACACGAUCUUCAUGAAAAACGUCGAGAACCACCUUCGAUCUAUGACCGACACAGCAGUGGAGCACGAGGCCUUCUCGAAUAUGCAUCAAGAAAGAGGAGAAACGAUUGUUGGUUUCCAUUCAAGGCUCAUGGAAAAAGUUUUUUCAAUACUUACCAAAGGUAUGUCAAACAGAGAGUUGGCUAAAACGGCGAGAACAUUCGGCCAUGAAAUUAAUUUCAUUGUACAAUCGGCAACUCGCGACGAGGCAUAUCAGCCUGGCCCAUCUCAAACAGUUGAUAUAUAUGAUUCUGGCAUCAAUCAUCUAAAUGAGCGUGGUGCCUGGCGUGGUGGUUUCAAACGACCCAUGGUGAAACGUGAAGGCCGUUCCAGACCAACAGAUGGACCAUACAACAAACGCUCUCGUUUCAAUAACCGGUUCGGCGGCAAUCAGCAGCGUCUUUGCCCCAGAUGUAACAGAUGGAUGCACAAGAACCAAAUCUGCCCGGCGCUUAAACUCAAAUGUAAUGAAUGUGGCAUAAUGGGUCAUUUCGCUGUGGUGUGCCGAAAGAAACGUGUCCAUGCGAUUUUCGAUACUGGGAGUCAGUCAGACGUAACGAAUGUUGCUAAGGAAGAAGAGUUAAACGCGUUAUCUUUCGAAGACGUGUUAAUCAAAUGCCGUGUGGGAUCCUCUAGCCCAACCCUAUUUCUGAUCGAUUCUGGGGCAGACGUCAACGUAGUUGGUGGAAGUGACUGGCUAUGUUUACAGCAGGAAUAUUUAUCAGAAAAAGCGGAACUCAAUCCCAUUGAAAUAUCCUCACAUAGAGACUUGAGAGCGUAUGCCUCCGGAGUCCCAAUGAAAAUUGAAUCUGCUUUCAGAGCACGGAUCGAACCAGAAGGAUUUACACAGUCUGUAAUAGCGGAUUUUCUUGUGGUAAUGAAUGGUAAGCGAUCACUUCUUGGCAGAACAACUGCGAGCGAUUUGAAGCUGUUAUUCGUAAGCUCUCAAAUUAACGGCUGUGAGGAUUCAAUGGACAAGAAAUUUCCGAAGAUGCCAGGAGUUAAAAUCAAGUUCAGCGUUGAUAAAAGUGUUGCUCCAACUCGUAACGCAUACUACAACAUUCCUGCUGCAUAUCGCGAAGGGGCUCGCCGCCGUCUACUGGAAAUGGAGGAAAGUGGAAUUAUUGAAAGAGUAAUAACGGCUCCCGAGUGGAUAAGCGGAAUGUCAGCGGUGGCGAAGGGAAAAAACGAUUUUCGUCUGGUGGUAAAUAUGAGAGCCCCCAAUAGAGCCAUCAAACGCGAGUAUUUCCGUCUCCCUAUCCUGGAUGAAAUGAAGAUUAAACUCCAUGGAGCUAAGUAUUUCACCAAACUAGAUCUGAAGAGCGCUUACUAUCACCUGGAAUUGAGCCAAGAAUCGCGGGAUCUGACAACAUUCUUAGCCGAGAACGGAAUGUUCAGGUUUACGCGCCUAAUGUUCGGAGUGAACUGCGCUCCAGAAAUCUUUCAAAGAGAAAUGGUCAGGAUUCUGGAGACCAUAGAAAACAAGAUCGUGUACAUAGAUGACAUCUUGAUCUUUGAGGAGAAUCUAGAAGAUUUGCAUAAAACGGUGGCACAGGUUUUGGAAAUACUGAAAGCAAAUAAUCUCACCUUGAAUCUCGAUAAGUGUGAAUACGACAAGACACGCGUCACGUUUCUAGGACAUGAGCUGGAUCAAAACGGUUUUCAUAUCGAAGAAGCGAAAAUUGGCGCAAUUCAGAAAUUUAGACGGCCUUCCACUUCUUCGGAGUUGCGAAGUUUUCUCGGACUAGCGUCUUUCGUAAGUCCUUAUUUAAAAAACUUUGCCAAUGUUUCGAGUCCCUUGUGGGCACUGGUCGGAUCUAAAGUUUGGACGUGGGACAAAAGGCACGAAGAAGCGUUCAACAUUAUGAAAGAUCAGAUAAUUAAUUGUACCGUAUCCCUGGGAUACUUUUCGGAACAAGAAGAUACCGUACUGUACACAGAUGCCUCACCUAAUGCUUUGGGGGCAGUUUUGGUACAAGAGUCUGCCGAGGGAAAGUCACGGAUAAUAAGUUUCGCAUCGAAAGCUCUGACAGACACAGAGAAACGUUACGCACAGAAUCAAAGAGAAGCUCUUGCUGCGGUGUGGGCAGUGGAGCACUUUUCCUACUUCCUGCUUGACCACUAA